CAGCUGUCUGUCACAGCUGCUGCUGUUCGUCACGCCCGAGGCCCGGCCCCUUCACCUUGUGUCCGCGCCUCUCAUUGGCUGCAGAGCCUGAGACUGGCUCAGGCGCGCUGUCCCAUUGGACCAGGACUACUGCCAAUCAACUGAGACUGAAAUCCCCUUGCAAAGUCCGAGUCCAGUUUGUGAAGGAAAUUCACACGCAGCUGCAGCACGAACGGUUUUCCUGUGCAGAGCUGCUUGGCAUUCUGGGAUGAUGUCAGGUGACAACUCCAACAGCAAUGGCUCCCCGUCCAGCUGGACUAUCCUGGGCCCAGAGGGAUGUGCCGUGGAGAGCGUGGGCCCAGGGGAUGAUGGGAUAGCCAGUCCUCCAGCUGCUGAAGCACUGACAGAGCCCCUUUCAGCGCCAGAGCCGGAUCCCUCAAGCACUGACCACCUGAAAUGGAAGGAGGGGCAGAUCCUGCAGGGGUCUGAGCAGGCCGGAGCUGAGAGCCCGGGGGGCCCCUUGAGCCCCCCAAUCGAAGAGUCCAAUGUCAUCCCCAUCCCCCCGCCCAGCGAAGACCCGCAGCAGGAAGGGGAGGAGCUGUGGGAGGAAGGGGAGGGGCCUGGUCUGGCCAGAAAGAUGUCUGAUGCCGUUAAGCAAGCAGGUAUGCAGUUAGUGGACGGAAUCCGCAGCUGGGGGAGGCGUCUGAUUGGUCGAGCAGGAGGUACUGAGGAUGUCUCUGACUCGGACAGCUCAAACGGAGAGGAGGAUGAAGGGAGUGUGUUGAGGAGGAGGAGGGGAGCCCAGCGCUUCGAAGACGCCCUCGAGAGGGGUCAGGAGAUCCCCCCGGGACGGGACGGCCAGGAGGGAGGGGGGCUGUCCGUGAACAAGUGCAUCGUGGGAGCUCUGAUCGUGCUGGUCCUGGGGCUGGUCCUGCUGUCAGGUGUGUUUGUUGACCAGGGCGAGGAUCCAGAGGAGGAGGUGCAGAGGAGGGAGGUGAAGGAAGGCAUCCAGGAUCGGCUGAACCAAAGUGACCCCCAGGAUCUGCAGACACUGACCGCUCUGCUGGACACACUGGCCAAAGAAAACCAGGGGAUUCGUCUCAUGCAGGAGCAGCUGCAGACUCAGAAGGAGGAGCUGGAGAGGGCUUUGUCGGAGAUGAACCAGCAGGCAAGCAGAGGAGAAGAGGCAUCGAGACUGCAGGAGCUGGAACAGGAGAACGAGAGGCUGCAAAGGGAGCUGGAGUCUGUGCCCGGCCUCCAGGGGGAGCUAGAGAGGCUGAGAGGGGGGGAGGGGGAGGCCAACGACACCGCCCUGCAAGAACGACACGCUGCCCUAGAAUGGGAUCUGCGAGAGGAGAGGGAGCAGACGGCUGGGCUCCUGAGCCAGAGGGAGGAGCUGGAGUCGGAGGUCUUGAGGCUGAGACAGGAACUGGACAAGCAGCGGCAGAUACUGGGGGGUGUGAGGGCGGAGCUUCAGGGGCUGAUCGCGAAUGCGAGCCACGAGGAAGGGGCGGGGUUAGGGGAGGGGCUGGCAGAGCUGGAGAAGAGGCUGGGGGCGGAGCUGCAGGACUGGGAGAGGGGGGAGGAGGAAGGAGGACGAGGGGAGAGGCUGACGAAAAGAGAGGGGGAGGAGGAGAGUCAGGAAGAACCUCCGGGAGCUUUCGGGGUUCCCAGGAAAGAGGGUGACCAGGGGAGGGCGCCGACGAAGCCCAAGAAGGAAUCGGGGAGGCCCUGGCGGGAGAAGGAGAGAGAGAAUAAAGCUGGAGGAGGAGAUGAGAAGUGGGGGACGAACAGGAAAGAGGGAGAGUGGAGGAAGGGAGGGAGGGGGGAGAGCUGGAAGGAAAAGAGGGAGCAGAGAAGAGGAGGGGAGAGGAAGGAGGAGGAGGGAGAGAUGAGGCAGGAGAGGGAGAGACGGUACUCAGUGCAGAGGGAGAGGGAGCACAAGCAUAGAGGGGAGAGGGAGGAGGGGGAGAGGGGGCACGAGCAUAGAGGGGAGAGGGAGAGAGAGAAAGCUAAGAAGCACUGGCAGUCUCCGAGCAUCCAGGAUGCCAAGCCCGGCCACAGGCACCACGACCACAACCGGUUCUGGAAGAACGACCCAGGCAGCCGGCGCCACUACCGCCCCCCGCAGGGCUGCUCGGGGCUGCAGGACUGUGCCGCACAGGAGGGGCUGGAACCCGUGAGUCAACGUGACUUCGAGCAGCUCCUCGGGGCUCACCUGGAGGGGCUAGGGACCGGGAGGCAGGAGCUGGAGAGAUUCGCACAGAGCUUCUUCGAGGACGGGGUGUUCCUGCACACGAGGAUGCUCUUCCGAGACUUCCUGGAGGAUCUGGAGCAGCUGCUGGAGAGGGAGGGGGCGGGAGGGAUCUACACAAGGUUUUUCGGGAAGCAGGAGGAGGAGGGAGAGGAACGAGGAACCCAGGACAGACACAGCAAGAAACCUGCCCCCAGACCCCUCCACGAACAGCCUGAGCCACACAAGCACAGCAAGCGACCCCACCAUGGACAGCCUGAGCCACACAAGCACAGCAAGCGACCCCACCACGAACAGCCAGAGCCACACAAGCACAGCAAGCGACCCCACCACGAACAGCCAGAGCCACACAAGCACAGCAAGCGACCCCACCACGGACAGCCUGAGCCACACAAGCAGAAACACAAGAACUGGCAGCAGAGGGACAGACCACAGCGCCUUCCAGAGGAGGAGGACUGACCUUGCAGAAGGAGGCACAGGGAGUCGGGUCACCAGGGGGAGCCAGUGAGUCAGCAGACACUAGACCACACCCCUCCCAUCCUCCUCCUCCUCCUCCUCGUCCCCGCCCACUAAUGACACCCAAUCAGAGCAGGCACGGAGUGAGCUGGAUUCUGACUCCUCCCACUAUGUGGUUUAGGUUUUGAUUGGAUGUGAUUUAUUUAAAUGCGUCGCUACUGUACAGUGUGAUCUGCAUUAGCCAGUCCCUGUGGCACACAUUUGCACGUUGCACACUAAAAUACAACAGGUAAUAAUUCACUAUCAAUAUUCACUGUAUUGAAGGCAGCUAUGGAGGUGCCUCUCAACUGUUAUAUAUAUUUUAUAGCUGUGUGUAUAAUUGCACCAUGUAAAAUUUCCUAUCAUAGAGUUCACAUAUGUAAUUGUAUCAUUUUGAAUAUUAUAGAAGGGGCUAUACAUGCAUACAUACAUACAUGCAUUACAUAUGCUGCUGUUGUGCUAGGAGAUCACUGCUGUCCUCUAUUCUGUGAUCCUGUGUGUUUUGGUUUCUUUGUUUUAAUUAUCCAGGAGCCUCGCUGGUCCAGCGGUUAGAUCGCUCGCUUGCAUAAGGGCUGCAGGUUCGAAUCACGCGUCUCUCUCUCUCUCUCUCUCAAGUUUUUUAAUUGUAUUUGUAUUAAUCUGCCUUGUUGAUUAAUUUGUUUUUCUCUGUGUGUGUGUGUGUUGGUUUUUUUAAAUUUUAUUUAUUAAAAUAUUUCAGACGAG